AUGAACAACUGCACCGUCUGGUCGGCUUACAGCUACUGCGUAAAGAAGUACGAAAAUAGCACUUCAACUCAGUUUACCUGGACUUACUGUCUGCGUAUUGAUGCCACGGAGGCUGGCACAGUUUCCGAGUGUAAUUACUUCACCUCAAUCAACGGUUAUGAUGCCGGAGGCGACUGUGACACCGCUCUGUGGGCUAACCUGAGUAGUACUGCUAGCCGUGCUGUUUGUAUUGGCGUGGGCUCCAAGAGUGCUGCUGCCACUACCACGAUUAGCACUGUAUCUGAAACAGCCACCAGCACCACAGUGUUCAUGGGCCCCACUCAAACUGGAGUUGUGUCUGGAUGUCAGCUCUUCCAUACUGUGGUAGACGGUGACGACUUCCCGUCGAUCGAGAGCGAUUAUGGUAUCACUCUAGCUCAGUUCUACCAAUUGAACCCGAGUAUUGGCAGCACCUGCAAUACCCUCUGGUUGGGCUACGCGUACUGUGUGAAGGGGCCAAGCUCAUCUGCCACGGCCACGGCUAUUUCCUCAACUGCGAGUCCGAACGGUCACACGCCGGCAGGAACUGUCUCCAAUUGCAAUCUAUACCACACCGUUGUGAGUGGUGAUUCAUGCGAUCAUAUCGAGAUAACGUAUGGGAUCAGCUUUGCGCAACUGUAUGAGUGGAACCCUGCGAUUGGCUCGAACUGUGAGACUUUGAGAGUUGGCUAUUCUAUUUGCGUGGCAGCCCUAUCUAUAAAUGCGCCCACGCAACAUGGGAUUGCAUCUGACUGUAAUCGGUACUAUAUUGUGAUGGAACCCCGCCAUUGGAUCCAACUGUCAGACUUUGGGAGUUGGGUACUCGGUUUGCGUUGGGGUUUCCUCCUAGGUAUCUUAUGGGGACGGUAA